GACUUUCAAAUCCAUUUAUUUCCGACAAAUCUAUCGGAGAUGGGGACAAUUCCUAGGCAUCAUCGAAGUCACGGACACAGAUCGGAUGCCAUUCACAUCGCUUCCUACUACACUGCUCACGAGUGCGGCGCUCAUGCUGUGUUUUGAGUUUGAUGCGGUGUGUGUGAGUUUGAUGCAGAGCCUUUACAGCAUGCAGUUGUUCGCCGAUUGAUGGUGGAUCAAUGCCGCUGCUGCUGCUAUGAGGUCUUGUAAUUCCAGUUUAUGUUCUCUAUAACGCCGCCUUUGCAUAUCAUCUGCAGAUUCUCGCGAAUAAUUAGGUUUCUAGUAUUUUGUCGUCUCCUGAGCUUGGCUGUGCAGGUGCUGGUGAGAUAUAGGAAGUAGUGAGUGGUUGGAGGCAGUGUCUAGUUGUGUUAAGGGAGAUGGAGGUCGAUGCGGCGGCAGCUCGAGUGGCAGUGUUGGAAUUGAAGACCUCUAGUUUAAUGAAAGAGGAGACAGUACCGAAUGGAACAGACAAGCACGAGAAUGCAACCAAUGGAUAUGUGGCAGGGUUGGCGUCUGUUAAGAGUAAGAAGAAGAAAGUGAAAAAGAAAAAGAACUCUCACGCGGCAGAUUGCAAUGCAGAGGUUUUCCAGUUUUUGCCUUCACAGGAACUUGUACAGAGUUCGUAUCCCUGGUCGGCUGUGAUUCGUCAUCGUCGAGGCCGCUGUGCCAUUGCUUCAAGAGACAUCAAAGCAGGCGAAGUAAUUGUGGCUGAAGAGGCGGUGGCUUUCGUUCCUCGCUCCCAGGACCGAACGGCAGUUUGCCACGAAUGUUGUCGAGAUUUGCACCAAAAUGCUCGCCCAGUAGAAUGUCCUGGUUGCAAGCAUGCAAUCUAUUGUCAGGACUGUGAAGCUUCGGCAAUGGCAAGUCACCGCAAAUGGUGCAAGAUCUCACAAAAGCUUAAGGAAGUGGCUAAGGUGUCUGAUUGUGACGAGGAUCUACUGCGCUUUGUAUUGGCUCUCGCAUUAAAGCGGUCAUUGCAUGGGAGUGCUCCUAGUGUAGGAAUAAUUAAGGAUGGAGUGAUUCAUCCGACGAUACAGGAUGUCCUCAAUUUACAAACUCAUGAAGAUAAAGCUACUACUGCAUGGAAGGAAUCUGUGCGGAAGGGUUGCAAUUUGCUUCUCUCCAGUUGGGUUCUGGAUGGUGAAGUUACCGACAUUGCAUCAAACAAUAAUUCACAAUUAUCAAACCUAGAGGAGUUGGAGAAGUUUGCAUUAUUGGUGAACACGAACGCACAUGGCAUGGGAUUACAGGACACCCACAAUGCAGAUGUGGCUCUUGGAAUGUUCCCAUUUGUCUCCAUGCUGAACCAUUCUUGCUGGCCAAAUUGUUGCUUUGCAUCUGAAGGUCGCGUGAUGACUGUAAGAGCUACUCAAGACAUAUCCAAGGAUUCAGAGCUAUGUUUGUCUUAUAUCAAUUUGUACGAGCCACGUGCAGUCCGCAAACAAAUUUUGGCUGAUACUAAACACUUCGAUUGCAGCUGCAUCCGCUGCUCAGAGCCUCUCAAAUCUUCCAUUGACCGCUUCCUAGAGGCUGCCAUGUGCCCAGCCAGGGGUUGCGGUGGAGUACUAGUAAAGUCGGUUUCAUUGGCUGGUCGAUUUGAAAAGGAGGACCAAAGUGCCUCAUCUUGGACAUGUGACGUUUGUUCUCGAGUGGCCAGCCCAGUGUCCUCGACUCUCUUUGAUGGUAAGAAUGUAACAGGAGUCGAGAAGCCCUGGAAGCUUGAGGUUGAAGCUGAGAACAGGCUUGCAGCUGCCAUGGCUGUCUAUCAGGAGCGGAAGUUUAAGGAUGCACGUAUUCUUCUCGAACGCUUUCUAGCAGAUUUUACUGGAAAAUUGCAUCCGUUACAUGUGUUCCUGUUUGACGCGUUUACCCCAUUAAUGAAUUGUUGCCGAGCGCUUGGGGAUGCUGGUGAGGCAAUACGCGUUUGUCGCAACAUAAUUACGUCCCUGGAGAAGGUUGUUCCUGGAUCUUCUCUUGAGCUGGCCAAUUUUUACUUCUGUCUAGGAGAGAUGUACAUGGAGCGAGCUGACGAAUCAAGUACUAGCCAAGCUAUAGCUAAACGGUACCGCAAACAGGGCCAGGAUGCGUUGCAAAAAGUGAGGUUCAUUCGAAAGAUAUGCCUCGGCAAAGAUAACCUUCCUGUGUAAAGGAGACCAUACAAACCUGAAAUGGUGAUCAAAUCAUACUACAGUUUUGUUGUGGUGAUGGUUUCUGCUACACACAGAUAAGUGUAACAAGGAUAAGUGCAGUAAGUUCAGUAGAUGUUGAAUUGGUCAUAAGGAUAGACAUCUAGAACUUCCUUGCCAACGGCUGAAGCUUCCUGUAAUAGGCAAAAGUCAUUUACGAGUGGCAGUAACUCGGCGGUCUCAAAUGCCCGACAAGCAGCUUCAUCUCGAUCAGUGUAAUGCUGUACCUUUGAGGGUAUUAAAGAAAUACAUUGUCCUUUCAAUCAGAAAGCACCUCUGUUUUUUGCUGGCUUGGACGACGUUCUUUCCGA